CGGUGAGUAAGUUACAGUGGACAAAUAUAAUAAGGUAUUAGUAAAUAUGGGCAGGGGGAAAGUGGAGCUGAAGAGAAUCGAGAACCCAACAAGCAGACAGGUCACCUUCUCAAAACGCAGAAAUGGACUUCUGAAGAAGGCUUUUGAGCUCUCUGUCCUCUGCGAUGCUGAAGUUGGCCUCAUCAUCUUCUCUCCAUCUGGCAAGUCCUACCAAUUUGCAAGCCACGACAUAACUAGGACCAUUUCCAUGUAUAAAAGGGAAGUAGGGUUGCCUGAAUCCAACAACUCAAGCUUCGGAAGGGCCAGAACAAUGGAGUAUUGGAGGAAUGAAAAUGAAGAGUUAAGAAAAUCAAUAGGGAAGUUGGAAAUGAGGCUGAGGAACUUGGCUGGGGAAGAGCUAUCAACGCUUGGCGUGCAAGAGCUAAAGCAGCUGGAAAGACAGUUAAAAACUGGGGUUGAACGCAUCCGCUCUAAAAUGAGACGGAUCAUUUCGGAGAAUGUUAGCUUGCUGAAAAGAAAGCAUAAAGCAUCGCAAGAAGAAAACACGCGUCUGCUAAAAAGAAUUAAGUUGCACGAGCUUAAUUUUGCUGAUGCCACCUGCUCGACUUCUUCUGUGGGAGCAAAUGCACGCAUUAGUGCAUUUCCAAGUGAACUAAUUUGAAAUUCAGGGUUCUUCAACAUGAUCUUUGAGCAGCACCAUCCAGUGCCCAACUGAUUUGAAAAGGCUACCUGCUUGCAGCAGCUUCAGCUUUUGCUGUUGUGUAUGUAUACUUAAGAUUAUAUUUGCACCUAGCUAGCUUGAGUUUCUAAUUUCUUGUGUAUGAGCUAUGUGGAGUUUGUGGAAAUAAAUUUAUGUAUAUGAUGAUUUGGAUUGUUGUUAUGCA